CAUUGUUCCAUUCAACAUUCAUAUCUUUUGACAAUUAGAGGUAGUGCUACUUACAAGAUUUCUUCAUCUACUGUUACAACUGGCUCCGAUACUAAGAAGCUACCGCACACUUUGUGGUAUUAUGUUGGGGUAGGCUGGAUCAUUGAGCAUUGAGCAUUGAGCAUAUGCAGGUUAUAUAUCCUGUACGGCAUUCAAAAAUCUUUGUUUCUAUCCUACAUCAUUCCUUUUGGAUUCAUUUUUCAUUUGUGCCGUAUGGCAGUCCGUGAGCUUACUCAAAAACAUUCAACAUCCACCGAACAGUUCAAAGACUCAAGAACAUAUUUUCAUUGAAGUCUACCUACAAACAGAAUGCCCGAAUCUAAUUUAUCAUCCAGCUGGGAAGAUAUCUUCCUAUGUUAUCCUAUCUUCGACAACAUUUGUACCCAUUUGGAUCCUAAUGAAAUUCUAUUGCUCCGAGCGACUACUAAACAGCUUUUUCCAUUAUUUGAAUCGCUUUUCAAAACUCAAUGGAAUAUUAAUCGCCAGCUCAAACGAUUUAUUGAGGACCCUAUCAGAUUCCGAUCUAAGCUAGCUACAUACAAUGCUCUUAUAUCUGGAAGCUUUGCCUUGCAAUUUUUUGAAAAGAGAUUGUGGAAAGAAUCCGACCUAGAUAUCUACGUGAAUGGCUCGGAUGAUUCAGGAAGCCACGAUCAACUUGACAAGUAUUUAGUCAACAGCGAAGGCUACAAACUACAGGCUGCAAAAGAGGAUGAAGGUAAUGACUUGCAAUCUUAUGUAGGCCGCUUGUCAGAUAUCUUAGAGGUCAAAACCUACCUCAAGAUAAACCUUACUGAGGAGAAGCCACUUCAAAUCCAAUUGAUCUUUACAACCGAUACUCCUUGGGAAGCAAUCAUAAAUGGCUUCAACCAUACGGUUGUUAUGAACGUUAUCUCGUGGAACUUGGCUUACUCGUUCUUUCCUCGUUCAAACUUCAUCGACAGAACUACCUACGAGCUCAAGGGGACCGGUAAUACAUAUUCCAUACCCAAUGGAAACCUCGAAGAUAAUGUUGAAAAAUAUAAACGCAGAGGGUGGGGAUGGGAGAGAGCAAUGACUUACGGUGAACGGCGAAGACUACGUUCAUUAGAAUCUUCUUCCAGCCUGAACGAGAUUGAAGAUCAGUCAGAGAUAUGGACCAUCGCACUGGACACGCAUGGUAUCAAUAAUGAAGGACCUUUGAUAGGAUGUGAACAGUCUGUUAGCAAGGAAGCAGACAGGGUUUUAGAAGAUGAAUUGCGAAGAGCUGAGAUAGAGCAGGCCGAAGUGGAUCAGCAUAUCAUUGAUGAAUUAGAGGUAUUCAUUGCUGAGAUUGAAAGUUCUGAGAGGGGACACGCGAACCUAGACCAAUACCUUGAAGAAGCGGACAUGUUGGGCAGGGUCAAGAAUGGUUGGAUCGAGUUCGGUUUGUGCCUCGAAGACGAGGCAAAGUCAUUAGUCAAAUAGCAUGUGGAAUACGAGUGAGAAAAAGCCAAUUCAGGGAGGCUACUUGAAUAGCAGAGAAAUCAAGAAGAAAAGACGAUACAUCUUACAACAAAAGAAAAGACGGGCUUAAGUCCAGUACCGUUCGAAUUUUCAUGGCACAAAUCGCAAUAAAUUCUUUUAAUUAUAGGCCAAGUCACUUUAUUACUGGGGUGCCUUGAUAGACUGGACAUAGCUUUUCUUGAGAAAAUUAAAUGACGAUGCAAGUCCAAUAUCGGCGCUUUGAGUGAAAGGUGGGCGUCGUGAAUGAAUUGAGGGACAAAUCCACAUGUACAAACCCGUCAACACCGCACUCGCUUCUGAGCUCCCGAAGUUAUUUGGAAAAACUUGUCUACAAAAUUAUGUGUCUACUGUAGCAAGAGUAUCCCAACAGGCAGUUGCACCCCGAAGCAUUUAAUGAAUAUCCCCUUCCAAAGUCUAACUUUCAUUUUUUAACCUGAAUACAAACGGUCAUCGAAAAGAACGACUCCCUUUGCACUGUAAGCGAGUUUUCAUACAGGAGAAGAAGAGUGAGGCCAGAGAAUAGUCGACAUACAUUGCACUUCAGAA